AUGCAAUUUAGUAUUAAAACCUCCCAAGAGCCAAAUGAGUUCGAGAAACCGGACAAAGUCAAAGAUCCGGGCUCGACCCCGCGGCGCUGCGCCUCUCUCGUCAGGGGAAGGAAAAAAUGUGCCCGAUACCCGUUGCUGCGCUCGGCGUCCGCCGCUGCCGCCACUGCAGGCCCCUUAGACGGAGUCCCGGCCUCGCCGCCGCCACCGCCGGCCGGCCUAGAGCUCCCCUGCCUCGGCUUCCCUCCCCGCGCCCUCCUCCCACCUCACUCGGAAGCCAGCCCGCGCGGCCACCCCCGGAACAGAGCCCAUAAUCUAGUGGACGAGUCGUUGGUCCUUGAACCUUCCCUCUACACCAUCAAGGCCGUUUUCAUCCUGGAUAAUGAUGGGCGCCGGCUGCUGGCCAAGUAUUAUGAUGACACAUUCCCCUCCACGAAGGAGCAGAUGGUCUUUGAGAAAAAUGUCUUCAACAAGACCAGCCGGACUGACAGCGAGAUUGCAUUUUUUGGGGGCAUGACCAUCGUCUACAAGAGCAGCAUCGACCUCUUCCUGUAUGUGGUGGGCUCAUCCCACGAGAAUGAGCUGAUGCUCAUGGCUGUUCUCACCUGCCUGUUUGAGUCUCUGAACCACAUGUUAAGGAAGAAUGUGGAGAAGCGCUGGCUGCUGGAGAACAUGGACGGAGCCUUCUUAGUGCUGGACGAAAUUGUGGAUGGCGGUGUGAUUCUGGAGAGCGACCCCCAGCAAGUGAUCCAGAAAGUGAAUUUUCGGGCAGACGAUGGCGGCUUGACUGAACAGAGCGUGGCCCAGGUUCUUCAGUCUGCCAAGGAACAAAUUAGAUGGUCAUUACUGAAAUGAUGGCUGUGGAUUUAAGGCUCCCCGCCCCCGGAACAUUUCCCCUAUCCUGGAAAAAGCCCAAAGACCCCAGAGGACAGGAGAAAAUCCUUUGUGUCCCCAGACUCUGCCUGGAACUGACUCCUGAGAUCCC